GGGUACCUCUAUGGUUAAUUAUCGGUACUAUCAAUUGCGAUCCAGUAAAGCAAAACGCGACGGCAGUGCUCUUAGAAAAAAACAGGAAGAAUUAUCCGAUACCAGGAGUUUAAAAAACCUACCAAUUCGAGAUUGUCAUCGAUUAAGAUAUGAUAUCAAAUCAAUAGAUAUAAUUAAUUUAUAUCUCAUAAACAAGUAUGAAAUAAACAGAAUAUAGAAAUAUAAACCAAAAUGUCCAAAAAGCCAGGUACCACUCAAGCAAUGCAUAAGGUUAUAAUGGUUGGAAGUGGAGGUGUAGGCAAAUCUGCUCUUACGUUACAAUUUAUGUAUGAUGAGUUUGUUGAAGAUUAUGAACCUACAAAAGCAGAUUCCUACAGAAAGAAAGUUGUAUUGGAUGCAGAAGAAGUACAAAUAGACAUAUUAGAUACUGCAGGACAGGAAGAUUAUGCAGCAAUUCGAGAUAAUUAUUUCCGAAGUGGAGAAGGAUUUCUUUGUGUAUUUUCUAUAACUGAGGAUGAUAGUUUUCAAGCUACUCAAGAAUUUAGAGAACAGAUUCUUAGGGUAAAAAACGAUGAAAACAUUCCAUUUUUAUUAGUGGGGAAUAAAUGUGAUUUACAAGAAAAGAGAAAAGUUAGUUUAGCUGAAGCUCAAGCCAGGUCACAACAAUGGGGUGUACCAUAUGUAGAAACAAGUGCAAAGACAAAAGAAAAUGUUGAUAAGGUAUUUUUCGACUUGAUGCGUGAAAUAAGAUCGCGCAAGAUUGAAGAUAAAUCAGCAAGCAACGGUCGCGGAAAGGACCGUGCCAAGAGGAAGAAAAAGAAGUGCAAAAUUCUAUAGGUAUUCUUUGACUUAAUGCGUGCAAUAGCUGCACGUAAAGCACAGGAAAACCAAGGAGAUGGAAAUGAACAGAAAAAAAGAAGUUGCUGUAUUUUGCUCUAACAAACACAAAACAACGCGUAUAGCUGCUAUAAUGGACCGUUCGACUUCUAAUUGCGAAAACCUGAGUAAGAGAAGUGUAUUUGUAUACAUACAUACAUCUAUAUAUACAUAUAAGUGAGUGACAUACACAUACAUAUGCAGAAGGAAGUUUUCUGACACUUUACAGUGAAUUGACAGUAAAAAUAAAUAUGAAGAAAUUGUAUUAAAAACGCAUAAUUUAAAUGUUAUUUAAUAAUUAUCAUAUUAAUAGGUGUAAACUUUGUACUCUUUUCCACUAAACCACUAAAUAAUUAAUUUGUAAUGUACUGGUGCAUAUAAUUAUAAUUCGUAGAUACUACUAUUAAUUUAUGUCUCAAUAUUUAUUAUAAUGCAACAACAGUAACAAAGUUUUUAACAAUGCACAAAAUUACAUUAUAUAUAUAGAUGAACCCAUUUCAAAAUUUUUCAUUACCACUAGAGUGCUGAAAUAUAUACAGUUAUUUAAUUAAAUGCUAUAAAAAUGAAAGGAAGAACCAGAAAAGGUGAAGGAGAAAGAUUAAUGUGUAUGUAUAUGUACAUGUUCAUGCAAUGUAUGUUCAUGUAUACAUACAUUAUACAUGGAUAUUAAGCACAAUAUUUCAUGAUGAUUUAAUGAUGGUUAACAAAAGAAAUGUUGCAAAUAUUUAUUAUAGGAACUCUGUAACCGAUUUUAUUUGCAAAUAAAAUUAUUAUAUAUUCA